CAGGGGGUCCUGGGGAUUGCCAGAAACUCGCAAGAUGAGCAACUCGAUGUUGGGACGUUUGGUGAUCGCUGGAAGGGGCCCCUUUCUUUAGAAGGACGAGACUCGAGCAGGAGAACCUGCCCCCCACCCCCAAAGGCGGGUGUUCCCCAAGAUCCUGGGAAGCCGCAGCCGGUGACUUUAAGAUGGGGCCUUUCAUUCAGUCCUCCAGCCUCAUCCUCAUGGCUGCCACCUCCGUGAGGGCUUUUUUUUCCCCAUAUGCAAAUUGGAGAACAUGAAAUCCAUUUAUCAAACCAGUUUUGUGUUUUUUUGGGUAAAAUGUCCUUUCAGAGAGUGGCUGCAAGCCUCGCGCCUCUUCCAUGCUUGAGUUCAGAAACAGCCCUGCCUGCCUUUGGGCACAUGGUGGUUGCACAGACAUUAGGGAUGGUAGGGCUUAACUAGUUAGUAUUGUAGUAGCUGUGAAGAUCUUUUAAGCACUGUAUUCAACUUUGGUUCUUUGUUUUAUAUGCAGGGUCAGAUCUAUUUGGAAAAUUCAUUGGACCAUCAAACUUGGUACAGUUAACUAGAAUUCCACUUUUAUGAUGGACAGGGAGGUGGCGAGUGAGAGGUGUUACAAAUGCAGUCUCUUGAGUCUUGACCACUCUAUGAGGUUGUAAAGAAGAAAAUCCCACGCUUUCUGUCAAAAUGAAGUGUGAUUUUAACUGUAACCGUGUACAUUCUGGACUUAAACUGGUAAAGCCUGAUGACAGUGGAAAACCAGGUUCUUACACUCCUGCAUAUUUGGAAGGUUCUUACAAAGACUGCAUUAAAGACUAUGAAAGGUUAUCAGAUAUCGGGUCACCCAUUGUGAGCACCAGAACUGUAGACCUUGACAAUGAGAGCAAGCCCCUACAUAACAAGGAAAAUCAACAUGUACAGCAAACAUUUAACAGCUCAAAUGAAAUAGAAGAACUGGAGACCAGUGGACCCUGUGAAGAUAGUGGCUAUUCUUCAUUUUCUCAACAAAAUGGCCUCCAUGAACAUGAACAGGGCAUCCUUCCCCUGGAGGAAAAUUUCAGUGACAGUCCACAAUUUUGCCUGCUACAGACUCAAAGCCCAUGCCAAUAUCCCAACAAAAACUUGAUGCCAGCUCUUCAUUUUGCAAAAGUGGUUUGUUCAACAUUAAAAAAGAAUACAAAACGAAAUCCUAAAAUAGAUCGAGAAAAGUUGAAGGAAUUUAUAUCCAGUGGAAAUUUUAGACUACAGAAUAUAAUUGGCAGGAAAAUGGGCCUAGAAUGUGUAGAUAUUCUCAGUGAACUCUUUGGAAGGGGACUCAGACAUCUCUUAAAAACUGUUUUAGCCCAGCUCAGUGAUAUGGACUUAAUCAAUGUGUCUAAAGUGAGCACAACUUGGAAGAAGAUUCUAGAAGAUGACAAAGGGGCAUUGCAACUGUACUAUAAAGCAAUACAAAGAGUUACUGAAAAGAACACUAAGUUUUCACUACAUGCUUCAACCAGAGAAUAUGUUACGUGCAGAACCAAAUUAGCUUCUGUUCAGGAAUCAGCCCAGACUCUCCCCAAAAAAGAUGCUCGAACAAAGUUAACCAAUCCAGUUGAUCAGAAAGGUACUACUUACAGUCGACACGAUGAAUUCUCUGAGGUUGCCAAGACUUUGAAAAACAAUGAAAGCCUCAAAGCCUGUAUUCGCUGUAAUUCACCUGCAAAAUUCGAUUGCUUUUUACAACGAGCAACCUGCAAACGAGAAGGCUGUGGAUUUGACUAUUGUACAAAGUGUCUGUGUAGUUAUCACACCAACAGAGACUGUUCGAAUGGCAAACCCCUAAAAGCCAGUUAUAAAAUGGGUCCUCUGCCUGGCACUAAAAAAAGCAAGAAGAAUUUACGGCGACUGUGAUCUCUUAUGAAAUCGAUUGUAACUAAUCAUGAAGGUUAGUUAGAAAAUGUAGGUUUUAACUUUAAAAACAAGUGUGUUUUUGCAAUUCGUUUUUAUGUUGAAGUUAAUAUUGUACAUGAGAUGGUUUCCUCAGCAAAUGGAAUACAUUACCUCUUAAGUAUUUUACAAUAUAAUGUGAAAAAGUUUACCAUUUUCAGUAUAAAUAAGAAAGUAUCACUUAAGAAAAAAAGAAAAACUAGUUGUGUGCUAUUUGUAAUGAAAAGGUAAAACAAACUCAUUAAAUUUUAUGGCAGUGGGAGACCAUACAGUUUUACCUGGACAGUGUUAAACAUAAAUUUUGCUUGCCAUCUAUAGCUUUUGAGGAUUUUAUUUACCUUGCCAAUUGAAAUAUCAACUUCUGGAGUCUGUUAAUUUAAAUGUUUUGUCGUCUUAAAACCUCUUUUCAGUGUGUACGUUUCCACCAAAAAAAGUGUUCUUUGUGAAAUCGUCCUUGUUUCCUUAUUUGUAAAGAUUGUAUAUUUUAAUAUUUUUGUACAUACACAAAUAUUUCUCUUUUUAUGUGAGUAUGUCUGUCAUGUGUACAAGUAAGAUUUUGUUCCUGUUAUGAAUAAAAUUGU